AUGUUCAUUCCAGGUCCAACGGGAGGAAAUCCGCAGUUGGGACAUACUUUGACAGACACACGAAACCAUCAUUUUGCCGGUCAAAGUUCAGUAGAUCAACAAAAUUGCUCAAAUGAUGUACAUCCUUCAGAAAACUUUAUCAACCUCGACAAGCCCGAUGAUAGCAUCUUCAACGGUCUUAACAUCCUCGACAAUGUUGUUGUUGACAUAGAAGAUAUUGACAUCGACGAUGUUAUUGACAUCCCCGACGAC